AUGAGAGAGCUGGGUGAUGCAGGAAGUCUCUAUCCAAGGCAAGCUUUGAGAGAGCUGGGUGAUUCACAAAGUCUCUAUCCAAGGCAAGCUUUGAGAGAGCUGGGUGAUGCAGGAAGUCCCUAUCCACGGCAAGCUUUGAGAGAGCUGGGUGAUGCACGAAGUGCCUGUCCAGGGCAAGCUUUGAGAGAGCUGGGUGAUGCAGGAAGUCCCUAUCCACGGCAAGCUUUGAGAGAGCUGGGUGAUGCACGAAGUGCCUGUCCAGGGCAAGCUUUGAAAGAGCUGGGUGAUGCACCAAGUCCCUAUCCAAGGCAAGCUUUGAGAGAGCUGGGUGAUGUACAGAGUCUCUAUCCAGGGCAAGCUUUGAGAGAGCUGGGUGAUGCACCAAGUCCCUAUCCAGGGCAAGCUUUGAGAGAGCUGGGUGAUGCACAAAGUCUCUAUCCAAGGCAGGCUGUGAGAGAGCUGGGUGAUUCACAAAGUGUCUAUCCAAGGCAAGCUGUGAGAGAGCUGGGUGAUGCACGAAAUCCUUGUCCAAGGCAAGCUUUGAGAGAGCUGGGUGAUUCACAAAGUCUCUAUCCAAGGCAAACUCUGAGAGAGCUGGGUAAUGCACAAAGACUCUAUCCAAGGCAAGCUUUGAGAGAACUGGAUGAUGUAUUAAGUCCUUAUCCAAGCCCCUAUCCAAGACAGGCUCUGAGAGAGCUGGGUAAUGCACAAAGUCUCUAUCCAAGGGAAGCUUUGAGAGAGCUGGGUGAUGCAGGAAGUCCUUGUCAAAGGCAAGCUUUGAGAGAGCUGGUUGAUGCACCAAGUCCCUAUCCAGGGCAAGCUUUGAGAGAGCUGGGUGAUGCACCAAGUCCCUAUCCAGGGAAAGCUUUGAGAGAGCUGGGUGAUGCACAAAGUCUCUAUCCAAGGCAAGCUUUGAGAGAGCUGGGUGAUGCACAAAGUCUCUAUCUAAGGCAAGCUUUGAGAGAGCUGGGUGAUGCAAAAAGUCUCUAUCCAGGGGAAGCUUUGAGAGAGCUGGGUGAUGCACAAAGUCUCUAUCUAAGGCAAGCUUUGAGAGAGCUGGGUGAUGCAAAAAGUCUCUAUCCAGGGGAAGCUUUGAGAGAGCUGGGUGAUGCACAAAGUCUCUAUCAAAGGCAAACUUUGAGAGAGCUGGGUGAUGCAGGAAGUCCUUGUCCAAGGCAAGCUUUGAGAGAGCUGGGUGAUGCACAAAGCCCCUAUCCAAGGCAAGCUCUUAGAGAGCUGGGUGAUGCACAUAGUCUGUAUCCAGGGCAAGCUUUGAGAGAGCUGGGUGAUGCAGGAAGUCCCUAUCCACGGCAAGCUUUGAGAGAGCUGGGUGAUGCACGAAGUCUCUAUCCAGGGCAAGCUUUGAGAGAGCUGGGUGAUGCACCAAGUCCCUAUCCAGGGCAAGCUUUGAGAGAGCUGGGUGAUGCACAAAGUCUCUAUCCAAGGCAAGCUUUGAGAGAGCUGGGUGAUGCAGGAAGUCCUUGUCCAAGGCAAGCUCUGAGAGAGCUGGGUGAUGCACCAAGUCCCUAUGCAAAGCAAGCUUUGAGAGAGCUGGGUGAUGCACCAAGUCCCUAUCCAAGGCAAGCUUUGAGAGAGCUGGGUGAUGCACCAAGUCCCUAUCCAAGGCAAGCUUUGAGAGAGCUGGGUGAUGCACAAAGCCCCUAUCCAAGGCAAGCUCUGAGAGAGCUGGGUAAUGCACAAAGACUCUAUCCAAGGCAAGCUUUGAGAGAAUUGGAUGAUGUAUCAAGUCCUUAUCCAAGGUAA